AUGUUGAUUCAGGCCAAAAAUCUGAUCCUCUCCUUCGUCCUCUCCUUAAACCUCAUCCUCAUCCUCUUCUUUUACUAUGUCAGCAAUAUCUCGCACAAGCCCUCCUUGACCAACACCGACAUUGUCAACGAUCAGAACUCCUUCCAGCAAGUCAAGGGCCUCGUUCCCCGUCCUACUUACAAUCCCAAUGAAAACUACCUUGCCUAUCUCCCCCACAGCGGAUUCCAUAACCAGCGUAUCACCCUCGAGAACGCACUGCUUCUCGCAAAGUAUCUCAAUCGGACCUUGCUCGUACCGCCCGUUUUCUUGGGUCCCGCCACAGAAUGGCGUCUCUUCGAUAUCCUCCAGCGCCGGAUCAUGCUCCAGACCAAGCGCGGAUUGGACCACUGUGGCAUGGUCCCUAAGGGUGACCCUCUACCGGCCGAGUGUCUGAACUAUUAUUCUUGGACAGCAGUCGAAUGGGAUUUCUUCUACGACAUGGAGAAGAUCCGAAAGAAGCAGCCCUGGAUUCGCAGAAGCGAUCACUCUUGGGCCUGGAUGGAGGCUCAUCUCGGGAUUGACCGUACCAAGGAUGUAUACGUUAUUGAUGAUAGAGCGCAUUACGACUAUCAGAUCUACGAUGAUCUCAACAGUGCUACGCCGCUCAACACCGCUCGAUACCUCCGGCGGUUGGACGUCAAGGAGCUAGCAGACCGAAAGGAGCGAGUGGUCCAUAUGGGAUCCCUCUUUGCGACAGGAAGAGUCCUUGCGGAGCUCCCAGAGAACAAAGCCUACCAGAUCUUCUUGAGGCGAACCAUGAUUCUCUCGACACCAAUCCUGGCAAAGACCUCUGAUGCCAUUGUAAGCAAGUUGGGAGGACUAGGAACGUUUGUGGGCUUACAUCUCAGAGUUGGGGAUGGCAUGUUCGUUGAGCCCGCACCAGUGAAUAUCGAGAAUAUGUUCAAGAGCCUUGUCAACAUCACAGGAAUCACGCCUAUUCCCAACUACCAGGUUUUGCCGACCCCGGCUCCUGCGGGCCAGGAUGAGAACAACCACCAUGACCAUGAUCACAACAAUAAUGAGGAGGAAACGCUCACAACACGACCAGCACCCGAGCGAUUGACCUUUGGAGAGUGUCAAGCACGCAAAGCCAAAGAUGGAAAGUACAUGAUCAUCUACAUCGCGACAGACGGAGUGUAUCCGCGACGCAACAUCUUGUUCCGCAAGUUGUUCGACCAUUUUCCUUGCAUCUUUACUCUGGACGACUUUUCGGAGCACUUGGUCGAGCUCAAGGAAAUGAAGAACGUGGAUGGGGUGGGAUUGAGCAAGGACUUGAUCCCAAUGGUCGAUGCAGUUGUCUCAGCCAAGGGGCGCUAUUUCUUUGGAACACCCAAAAGCACAUUCUCGACCUAUGUAUCAAAGCAGCUCCACCCCGUCUUCGUAGAAAGCGUUAUAGACGAAGUCAAUGCCUGA